AUGCUGAAGAACUCAAACAUGCCUCGAAACCUACUUCAGUCGAUAUGGUCGGCCAAGGGGUGAUACCCAGACAGACAAAGGCGCGACACCAGAGUACUUUCCUAACUGCAAAUUUUGUGGUCGUGGACAUAAUCGUGGAAAUUGCCCAGCACGAUUGUGGUGCUCCAAAUCACUUCGCACAAUGCUGCCCUAAAAAACAACGCAGAUCCAACCCUCAACAAGCACGCAACAGGCCGAUUCGUGAAAUCACUCGCCACCCCGACCUCAGAGAGGAUGAAUGGGAGAAUUUUGUCGGUGCGAUAACUGUGGAAAGCCUAGGGGAAGAGAAAGAUGUCAACGAAACGACUCUACACUAAACAAUGCAGAAGAGAGGUACUGGAAUGGUCUGUCAUUUUGGAAUCAAAUGGAACCAACAUUAACUUUAAACUUGACACAGGCAGUCAAGUUAAUAUUCUUCCAAAAAAGGAAUACAGUAAACUCAUCCACAAACCUAAGCUACAUCCAGCAAAAGUGAAGCUCACCGCCUACAAUGGCACCAACAUACCAGUCAUCGGCAAGUGCAUCAUCACUCUGAAGAAC